UGUAUUCACUAGCCCUGAGCGGGGUAUAAAAGUUAUACGAUGUACUUACACUUUGGUAAAAUGGAUUAAUGUUAUUCACUGAACACAAUGAAUUUAUAUAUAUUGAUAUAAAUGUGUAAAAAGUAGGGCUGUCAAAGUUAAAGUGUGGUGUGUUUAUAUUUUAUUGUUAGUCGAUUGCUACUCUUUAUUAGUAAAAAUGAAGUGGAUUAGCUUACAAUUCUUCGGGUAAGUGUCAGUAAUUGAUAAGCCUACUGUAUUGCUAUUUUCUCAGUUGCUAUUACAUAUACUCACCAGAAGAGUGUGCGACUCACGAACCACACUGAGUGAUGUUAACAAAAUAAACACAAGUAUUUUAUUUUGAUGAAAUUAUGGCAAAUUUUAAAUGAACAAAUGAAUAAUCAAGUUUAUUUGUACUUCUAAAAGGUAAUUAAAGUGAUUUCACUCACUUUUUUGUCUCUCCUACGUGAUUAUGUUUUUAUGCAUUUUACGUUAUUAUAUGCAAAUUAAACGAUGGCGUCAUCUAGCGAGUUGUAGGACAGCCAAUAGCUACAUUUCUUACUGAAAAGUUGGCAACCGUGGGCUUGGCAGCUGAUGUGUAGCCAAAAGCGGGAACCGAUAUUGAGCAGAAAUGGGCAAAGAAUUUAGCUUCACAUUCUUGGCAGAUACCUCUCUCGACAAGACCAAAGUUAUUUGUGUCGCUGUGAGUCGAGUUGUCACGAAGUACGUCGCCUGGAAGAAGAAAGAAGUUACUGGUGCACUGCAGGUAUUUUUUAAAUUGUCAAUUAUACAGUGGUACCGUGGAAUAUGAGUGUCCCAACUAACGAGGGUUUUUUGUUAGAUACGAGCCGUCUCUCAGUUUUUUUUUUGGUGGCCUAGUGGUUAGCAUGUUGGCCACACAGUCAGGAGAUCCAGAAGAUGUGGGUUCGAAUCUCCUUUGGGCAUCUCUGUGUGGAGUUUGCAUGCGUGCGUGGGUUUUCUCCAGGUAACUUGGCAACUCUAAAUUGUGUGAGUGUGAAUGGUUUCUAUAUGGUCUAUACAGUAUGUGCCCUGCGAUUGGCACUUCUGUUUUAGCUUUACCCUCCUUGAUACGAACCACAUAAAAACACAUUCACCAGCUGUCAUGCACAUUUUGGCCAAUCAGAAGCCUGAAAAGUCUACUUCAAGUGAUAGAUAAUAGUGAUAAUAGUGGUGUACUCGCUCAUCCCUAAAAUAUACGAUUCAACAGUUACAUUUGUUGAUAUAGACAUUAAUCUUACAUUAUAAUAUAAAGAAGCCAAUUCUAUGAAAGUGGCAUUCUUACAAAAAAAACAUUAAAAAAAUACAAUUAUUUCUAAAUAGCUACAUCAAAUUUUAUGUAAAGGGAUAUCAAUUUUGGAAAUAUAGGCCAUUAUUUUAUUCAAAAGAUAAUAUACUGUACACUUAAAAUAGCAUUUUUUUGCAUGUUGAGUCUUGUUCCACUGUCUUGUCAACAGUCUGUGAACGCACCAUUUAGCGUUCUCCCACAAUGCACAGGUAGAUUACUAUACUGUAUUUUUCCCCUUUUUCUUUCAUCCCAAAUGCUGAUACUAUGUGGGAGUGCAUACAGCCCUCGCUCGCUAGCAAGGCCUUCGGUGACUCAUCCAGUGGACAGUCCUCAGUGUCACCUUCUCCUCCAAGUUAUGAGGAAGCUACUGCAGAUUGUGCAGGUGCACAUUAUAAUCUGGCUGGCACAAGUGAACCUUCCUACAAUGACGUUGAGAUGCUUACAGAGUUCACUUGGGAUGAUCGGAACAUCCGCAGGAUCUUCAUACGAAAGGUGUACACCAUCCUGAUGGUCCAGCUCUUGGUGACUCUUGCUAUUGGGUGUCUUUUCACUUUCUGUGAUCCCGUGAAAGACUACAUUCAAACCAACCCAGGGUGGUACUGGGCCUCUUACGGCGUGUUUUUCGUGACAUAUUUGACUCUGUCUUGCUGCUCUGCACCAAGGAGACAGUUUCCAUGGAAUGUAAUCCUGCUCGGCAUCUUUACGCUCUCGCUCUCCUACAUGACAGGGAUGCUGUCCAGCUUCUACAACACCAAGUCAGUGAUUAUGUGUUUGGGCAUCACAGCGACAGUCUGUCUCCUGGUCACAAUCUUGAGUUUCCAAACUAAGGUUGAUGUUACAUCAUACCAAGGUGUGCUCCUCAUCUUCUGUAUGGUCAUGUUUAUCUCUGGACUGGUGCUUGCUGCAGUUCUUCCCUUUCAAUAUGUACCUUGGUUAGAUACCACCUAUGCCAUUUUGGGAGCCAUAUUAUUCACCAUGUUUUUGGCAUUUGACACUCAGCUCCUCAUGGGGAACAAGCGCUACACCAUGAGCCCAGAAGAGUACAUUUUUGCCACUCUCAGCAUCUACCUGGAUAUCAUCUACAUCUUCUCUUUCUUUCUCCAAAUUUUUGGAACAAGACGCGAGUAAAAAAAAAAAGUAUUUUACAGGCUUGCAUAACAGGGAGGCACCAGUAUUAAUAAUGGUAAACAAUGGUCAGUAUGUAUUGAUAGUCAUAGCAUUUUGGUGGAUGUGGUGACAUAUCCUCAAUUUGCAAUCCAGAUAUUGUGUCUGAAAUUAAUAUUAUUGUGACUCACAUGUGACACGUAGCAAUUAUACAGUACAUACACAUCUGUCGAUAUCGGCACCCAACAAGUUUUGAACCUCCCCUUCCAUUCUAGGAUGCUGUGGACAUGUUUGCUGUUAGAUGACAUAGCCAGUGCAUUGUGAGCAUGUCAUCCUUGCAGAAUUUCAAUGAUUAAACCUUGUGUGUGUACUGUACUGUAUGAGUUUGAAGUCUGCAUACUAUUCUACUUCACGUUAAAGAUGCCAAUUCAUGAAGUAUUAGACCGUGCACAGCUCAAAAAAGCCUAUACCAAUGCAAUCAUUUCAUCAUUGAACUGAGGAUGAAGUAAUUUAGUGGUUGGAAUCACACACUGUGUAUUGUCGUUGUUUUAAAAUAGGAUUAUUUUGACAGAAUGAACAUCUUAUUAUUUGCUUAAUAGUAUUGAGUUCUGAUAUAAGUUCAGUCUGAUUAUGUGGUUAUUACGAUAGUGCCACUCUCAAAGGCCUACAUUUUAGGAGGGCUGAUUCUAUAUAUUUGAUGGUAUUUGAAGUUUAUUUUUGUAUGACAAAUUGAUAUAUUUCAGGAAGUGUGAGUGUGAAGCAUUAUAUUUAUUUGGAAUGUGGCCUUGGAGUACAUUGACAAAGCAGCAAUGCAGUCUAAAGAAGUGUGAACACUCACUCUGCAUGUACAAUGUAGUGUUACAUUAAUAAAGAGUGAAUGUAUACACAUUUGU